AUGUCAGAAGAUUCAGAGAAAGACUCCUCGGACAGAACAAACAGUGACGAAGAUGAAUCAGAUGAAGAUACUUUCAUGAAAUUUGUAAGAGAAGACAUUCGGCAGUGUGCGCUACUAACAGCUGACUCUAACGGUGACCCUUUCUUUCCUCGGACUACACAAAUAAUGCUAGAAUAUCAGCUAGGCAGAUGGGUGCCACGUCUUCGUAAACCACGGGAUUUAUAUGGAGUCUCUUCUUCUGGUCCGCUGAGCCCAACAAGAUGGCCAUACCACUGUGAGGUCAUUGAUGAAAAAGUCCAUCACAUUGACUGGACUCCUGUUAAUCCUGAGCCGGUAUAUAUUGCAACAGGUCUAGAAAUGGAACCCCUUUAUCCAGAUUCCAAGGAAAAUACUGUGGUUUAUCUAGCUGAAGAUGGUAGGUGCAUAUUGAAAACUUACAAAGAGCCCUGUUUUAUAUAUUCCCGAGUUGGAGGCAACCGAACACCCUUAAAACAGCCUGUGGUUGACUGUGACAACACUUUGGUGUUUGAAGCAAGGUUUGAGAGUGGUAAUCUACAGAAGGUAGUCAAAGUGGGAGAAUACGAGUACCAGUUGACUGUGCGCCCUGACCUCUUCACAAAUAAACACACCCAGUGGUACUAUUUCCAAGUUUCUAAUACCCAAGCAGGAAUACCCUACAGAUUUACCAUCGUCAACUUCAUCAAGCCUGCUAGUCUUUACAACCGGGGUAUGCGUCCACUGUUCUACUCUGAGAAAGAGGCCAAGGCUCAUCAUAUUGGCUGGCAGAGAAUAGGAGACCAAAUCAAGUACUAUAGGAACAAUGUGGCCCAAAAUGGGCACCAUUAUUUUUCCCUUACCUGGACGUUUCAAUUUCCACACAACAAAGAUACCUGCUACUUCGCUCACUGCUAUCCGUACACCUACACAAAGCUACAAGAAUACCUUUCCAGCAUCAAUAACGACCCAGUACGCUCCAAGUUUUGUAAAAUACGUGUCUUGUGUCACACGCUUGCUAGGAACAUGGUGUAUAUUUUAACAAUCACCACCCCUUUGAAGAAUGCCGAAUCAAGAAAGCGGAAGGCUGUCAUUCUGACUGCCCGAGUCCACCCGGGAGAGACCAACAGCUCUUGGAUCAUGAAAGGCUUCCUUGAUUUUAUUUUAGGAAACUCAAGUGAUGCGCAUUUGCUGCGGGACACCUUUGUCUUCAAGGUGGUACCCAUGCUGAAUCCAGAUGGCGUGAUUGUGGGAAAUUAUCGGUGCUCCUUAGCGGGACAGGACUUGAACCGUAAUUAUGCAUCUCUCCUGAAAGAAUCAUUUCCUUCUGUUUGGUAUACCCGAAACAUGAUCCGUAGAUUGAUGGAGAAACGAGAGGUUAUUUUAUAUUGUGAUAUUCAUGGUCAUAGUAGGAAAGAGAAUAUCUUCAUGUAUGGCUGUGAUGGUAGUGACAGAUCCAAAGUUUUAUACUUACAACAACGAAUCUUUCCUCUUAUGCUGAGCAAAAAUUGUCCAGAUAAAUUUUCAUUUUCAGCUUGCAAGUUUAAUAUUCAAAAGAGCAAAGAAGGAACAGGAAGAGUGGUGAUGUGGAAAAUGGGAAUCAGGAACAGCUUUACUAUGGAGGCCACCUUCUGUGGAUCUACUCUGGGUAAGAAACAAGGCACUCAUUUCAACACAAAAGACCUGGAGUCAAUGGGAUACCAUUUUUGUGAUUCUCUCUUGGACUAUUGCGAUCCUGACCGGACCAAGUACUAUCAGUGCCUGAAAGAAUUAGAAGAAAUGACAAAACGUGUUCCUACAAACUUUGAAAAAGUCUUUGAAGGGUCCUAUACUACUUCCCUGAUAGAAAUUACAGUGGACCCAGAAUCGAGCAGUCAAGGCUCUGAUAGUUCAGAAUCCGACUCACAGAAUUAUCUUCUCAAGUUAACUCCUCAGGUGUAUGAUUCAGAAUAUUUACUGAAAAUGCAGAAAGAAUCAAAUUCAGAAGUGAAAGUUAAAAUACCUGGAAAAGGAGCAUCCUGGCUUCUAAAAAAAUAUUUCAGCUCUGGAAGUAACAUUCUAAGUCUUAAAGACCAACAGAGGCAUUUUUUAGAAAUCAAUGAGAGGCCAAUCCAUGGAUCAAUUCAACCUGAGGGAACUGAUUUGUAUGAAAACUGCCUCAAGGUAACAUCCUUCAAGUGUCCCAUGAGCAAACGGACUUCCAAUUGGACUGAGAAGACAAAGAUAUCAACAGAUCUACAUCACAACUUAAAGAACAGAAUGAAAGAAUGCGCAACUUUCCCAAGCAAGAAGACUGACACAAAUUGGACUGAUGAUGAGAAAGAAUCCUACAGGGAUAAAAGAAUAGCUCAAACUCAAGAAACAAUACAGGAUCUGCUUCCUGUCAUGCAAAGCACGAAAAGUAUGCCACCUGCUCAGUUAAAGCAGCUACUCAACCCAAGACACAACAUCCAAACUCAACAUCAGUAAGUCAAUAAAAUUUUACCAUCCUCA